CAUCACAUCCUCAUUUUCACUGCACGACUCUCAGCUCUAUUAACUUGAACCCGUACCUGCAUGUCGCCUUCUCUGCACUCAUUCACACCACCAUAGCGAUGGACCCGAAAAACCACAUUGAACCUCUCCCAGCUUCUACACGGAGCAAAAUACGGUCCACCCAGAUACUCACCUCCCUCCCCCAGAUAGUGUCUGAGCUCAUGCAGAACUCGCUCGACGCCGGGGCGAGGCAUGUCGAUGUCGGGGUUGACUGUGAUGGGUGGACGUGCUGGGUUAGGGACGACGGGACUGGAAUGAGCAAAGAUGCGUUGACAGCUAUCGAAGAGCGCUACGCCACAUCGAAAGCCUACGAUCCGGAUUCAUUAAAUGUCUUAUCGACGUUUGGGUUUCGCGGCGAAGCGCUUGCCUCAGCGGCGGACUUGUGCUGCCUAGAGAUAUCCUCACGGACGGCUGUGUCAAGGGAGACUUGGUCUGUUAUACUCAAGGGCGGCCAGACGUUAUACUCCGGUGCCGCCGUUCGAUGGAGGAGAGAGACCCCCGGAACAGUCGUUUGUGUUCGGGAUGCCUUAUACAACCUCCCAGUCCGACGGCGCUCUCACCCAUCCCCAGCCCGGACGUUGGAGUUGAUUAAACAGGAAAUCGAGACCUACGCGUUGGUCUUUCCUAGCGUUGCUUUCUCGCUCGAGAAUACGAACGCGGUCAGGAAUAGUGGGCCCGUAGUGAAGGUUCCCAAGACGCCCUCGUCGCUUUGUACAUUCCGGCAUCUGUUUGGCAAGGCUUUGGUACAGCACGUAGAAGAAAUUAAUACAUCAGAAAACGGCCUCACACUUGAAGGCUUCAUCAGCUUAGACGGCGCGCCAUCCAAGGCGUAUCAAUACAUAUACGUCAACAAACAUCCCAUAGAUGUAGGCGAUUUACACCGGCUCAUUGAUGCCAAGUUUGCUGCGAGUACGUUCGCCAAGCAUGCUUAUGACGAAACCGGGGAGACAAGUCUGCGCCCAACCUCGCGGAGAUCUCCCAGAAAAUCAGAGAAAAAGCCCGUUUACGUCUUGAAUUUGGCUGUGCCACCCAGCGAAGUAGACAACUGCCUUGAACCCGCAAAAGGCGACCUCCAUUUUCGGGUAAUAUCGAUUUCCCGGUUUCAUCAUACCAUCUUACUACCCCUUGAUUCUUUUCAGAACAAAGGCACGGUAAUCACCCUUCUAUCUAACGCUGUUCAAUCAUUUUUGUCUCGUAAUGGCUUUUCGUCUAAUAUGAGAGAGGGAAGCUUAAGAAACGAUGCGUCUCCACCCCCUCUUAAACGGAGAAAAACUAAUAUUGACGACUCGGGUUAUGUUUCUGACGAGGAUAUGGAUGGAGGCGGCCUAGAACUACAGCACACCGCCACGCCGCUGUUCAUCAGACGGGAAGAGCGUGACAAAGUGCCGGGCGAGUUUGUUUGGACCGACCCAACAACAGGGCAAGGCUUUAUUGUGAACAGCCGAACUGGCGACUCGCGAGCUUGCGAGAAUCCUAUUCUGGGAGGUGACGAAGUGAGGGAUGUUACGCUCCGGACGCUAAACUCCAGAAUCACUUUUCCUCGCUCAAAACAAACUUCCGGAGCUGAUAAAUCUGUAAUGCCAGAGUGGAUUCAAGAGGCGCUUGAGGCCAACAACGCAUAUACCCAGACUGAACGCAAAAUACCCUCUAUUAGUAUUUCGGACUCCACACUGUGGCUGAAUACAGCAGAUGCUCCAGGACGCAAGAAUCCCUCUCACGGUUGCCAAUCCUCCCGCUACUUCCCUUCCGGACAGCACAAUCCGAUGACCUACGCCAUGACCAUCGGUGGCUCUUCAAGCCAUCGAUAUCGAAAGGAGGACCUAAGAAAUGCCCAUGUCAUAAAUCAGGUGGACAGGAAGUUCAUAGCCUGCCUUAUCAAUGACACCGGCCAAAUCGAAGGUGGCGGUCAACAUGGACGGGCACUUGUCCUUAUCGACCAGCAUGCUGCUGACGAACGUAUCCGGGUUGAACGAUUCCUGAAAAUUCUUUGCUCGGGCUUUUUGUAUAGCCAGACGGGAGGCCAAGAUAAGACUAGGAUGGUGGAGACGAGGUUACUUUCUCCGAAUAUACCUAUACUCUUAACGAGACAUGAAGCGAUUCAGUUAGCCUGUAGACCGCAAGUCCGGAGUAUACUACGCCAUUGGGGUUUUGGUUUUUGUGGGCUGGAUACAGUCGGGUCAGAAUCAGAGCCAGAUUCCGACGAAAGUGGAUAUACACAAAUUAUGGUGGAUACUAUCCCGGAACUCGUCGGUAAUAAGCUCCUAGUCGGGGACGAACUGCGUGAUUUGGUCAAGGGAUCUCUAUCCAAUCCAGACCUGUCCGGUGAUCCAGCCGUUGAAGAUAGUACACCAGAGUCGGAUGAAAAUAGUUUUGUUUGGUUGAAAGCUCUGAGAUGGUGCCCCCGAGAACUCAUGGAUUUGGUUAAUUCAAAGGCCUGCAGAGGUGCCAUUAUGUUUAAUGAUGCGCUUAGUAUGGCACAGUGUGAACGGCUGGUACUGCAAUUGGCUAAUACUGCGUUUCCAUUUCAAUGUGCACAUGGAAGGUCGGUCGGGUUGUUCUCACAUGCUGUUUCGCUGUUGGGUAAUAAAACCGUUUACUACAGACCGUCUUUGGUACCAUUGACUGAUAUAUCGAGGGACGCGACUGGAUCGAAAGGAGGUCCGAUAUUUUGGUCACAGCUCGAACAUACGGAGAGUAACCUGCAUUAG